CUUCCGACCCCCCGCCCUCAGAUCGAGACCUGCAGCUGGUUCUUGGAUCCCAAGCGAUCCCGAAUCCCUCCUACGUGAAGCAUCCGUCCACGCCAUGGUGAAGCUCGCGUCGGCUCGCGAGAGCCGCACCUACGGCCCCGGCUCCCGCCUCGCCCGCACCCGGUGGGAGUACAUCAACGCCGGCCUCUACCUCUUCGCCACAGCCCUCCUCGUCGGCGGCUUCGCCACCCAGAUCUCCUCUGUAUCAUCAGCCGGCGCAAAGUCCGGCCUCGUGGCCGUCCUCGUCGCCCUCGCGCUCCUCCUCGCGGUGAACGCCCACGACCUGGUGGCGCAUCUGGCCGCCGUCGACUACUGCCUCUCGCUGGUGGAGUUCGACGUGCAGCUGGCGCUCGUGGAGUUUGCCGUGCCGUUGAUGAACACUGUGGGCGUCAUCUUGACCUUCGUCGGCAACCUGUUCUUCUUGAUCCCGAUGGAGAAAGGAUACAGAUACAGGCUAGAAAAGCAUGCUCUUAACACACUCAUCGCUGGGCCAAUCUUUUGGGUCAUUGGCUCCAUCCACAACGUGUGUCAGAUCUACGAGAGAGCAGACGGCCAUGUUCAGCUCCUCCAGAAGAGUGUGCAGGUUCCUCUCAUAAUGGGAAGCUUGCUCUUCUUGGUCGCUGGGAUCGUCAACAAGCAUGAUGAUACACUUCACAUGCUGCUGGGGAGGAGCUGGAUUUGGUUGUGCCUGUCAGGGAGUUCACUGUUCCUCGUUGGGGGGCUGAUGAACACGGUAAGAGUGUUCAAGAUGCAACGAACGGAAGGGUUGAGGCUGGAGAAGCUUCGAGGUAGCGCACACGAGAGACUAGCUAAAGUCAGGGAGGAGCUUCCGCUGAUACUGGAAAGCAACAAGAAGAGCAGGAAGCAACAGGAGGAAGGGAGGCCAGUAUCGGCUCCUACAUCAGUUCCUACGCCUUACAAGGAUGCCCUACUUGGAAGCCUAACUCGAAGCAUCGUUUGAAGGAGUCGAUGAAGUAUGAUAUCAGUCCCCUGCGGAUUGUGAUUGUGCAGUUAAAUUCUUCUUCUCUCCGUCUCUCUUCUGUUCUCCAUUCAUUCAUUGGACAUGUUGCUGGAAUAACUGAAGCUUCUCACAGAA